AUGUCAACGACGGUUGUAGGCCAGAGACCAGCUCCCCAUCGUCCCUUCCGAGGUUUAGUUCAAGUGGGCUACACUCCUUCACGGGCUACACCACCAGCUACACCUGUUGACACCACAACGCGCGAGGAAGCACUUCUUGCAAUUUCUGUCAAUGGAUGUAUUACUGGUGUCAGUCACAUAAAGCCUUUCUUUCUACCUCCUCGAGGACAAGGGGAAGGAAGUCAUGGUUCUGUGGAGAAAGGUCUGGGCUAUGGAGCAUUCGGUGUUGUCUGGUCUGUUAUCGAUCCACGAGACGGUCAGAAAGUGGCACUCAAACGAAUACCACGUGUUUUUCAUAAUCCUAUUACGGCGAAACGUGUUCAUCGAGAAUUGAAAAUGCUUUCUUGUCUUAAACAUGAAAAUAUCGUCAAUUUGAUCGAUGUUGUCAAGUCAGAAAGUUAUUUGAACUUUGAAGAAAUUUACUUUUUGUUUGAACUAAUGCAAACGGAUCUGCACAAAAUCAUUGUCUCUCCACAGCCUUUAUCAUUGGAUCAUGUCAAGAUAUUUGUUUACCAGAUAUUACGAGGUUUGAAGUAUCUUCAUUCAGCUCGAAUUAUUCAUCGUGAUAUAAAACCUGGAAAUAUGUUAGUAAAUUCUAACUGCCUUCUGAAAAUAUGUGAUUUCGGUUUGGCACGAAUUGAUGAUCCAUUUGGAGAGGCUCAUUUAACACAAGAAGUUGUUACACAAUAUUAUAGAUCACCUGAAUUACUUAUGGAAGCAACACGUUAUUCAUAUGCUGUAGAUAUUUGGAGUGUUGGGUGUACAUUUGCUGAACUACUAGGUCGUCGUAUCCUGUUUCCGGCUCGUAGUCCUUUAGAACAAUUAGAGUUGAUAAUUAAUCUCACUGGAAGUCCUAGUCCUGGAGAUUUGGAAAGUUGUCAUCCAGAUGCAUGCUGUUUUGUACUUUCAUCCAGACUACGUGAUCCAAAUCUUUCUAUUCUUUAUGCACUUACACCUGAUGUGAAUGAAUUGACUGUUCACCUGUUGGGUAGUAUGCUCAAAUUUAAUCCGCGUCAGCGUAUCUCAGCUACUGAUGCAUUGAAUCAUCCUUUUCUUGAAGAAGCACGCUUACGCUAUCAUUCAUGUAUGUGCUCUUGUUGUCAUGAUGUAUCAUCUAGUUCUGGUAAUGAGGCCGUUCAAACAAGUGGAUUUUGUUGCGCUCCUUCAUCUUCUGCAUCAUCAUCAUGUGCUUCAUCCUCCACUCCAUCAUCUGAUUCAAUGCAGAGUAACAAUGGUAAAUCUUCAGGUAGAUAUGAAGCUAAAACAGCUGCUAAUGCUAUACCUUCUGGAAGUAAUUCAACAAUCUCCUCUUCUGGGACAGCUAGAAGACGUUAUUUCCAUGAUCUUGAUCCGAUUUGUCCUAUUCUACUUCCCCUUGAUCUGGACUCAGGAUUCCGCCGUCUCUCAGAUGCUAAACGUGUUCUGUGGGAUGGUAUUCAGGAAUAUUAUCGUCGGGAUGAUCGAUUAACAAGGGUUGUGCUCAAUCGAAAUGCUGCAAAUUAUAACAACUUUAUCAAUUCCUCAGUUGCACAAGCCAAAGAAAUUCCCGCUAGUCAUCGUUGGCAUUAA